AAUCACUGCAAGCAGAAACAGCCAUUGGGAGGGACAGAGGUAGUCCCUGAAAAUCACCAUGGCAUGGAAUAUAUAUAGGAUCUCCCUUAUUUUGCUUUCAGUGUUCUUGGCACAGCAAGUUUCUUCACAAGAUAUAUCAAGCUGUGCAGGGAGAUGUGGGGAAGGGUAUUCUAGGAAUCAUGGCUGCCAGUGUGAUAGUAGCUGCCUUCUCUACAUGGAGUGCUGCCCAGAUUACAAGACAAUCUGUGUUAGAGAACUAUCUUGCAAAGGACGAUGCUCUGAGAGUUUUGAAAGGGGGAGACCAUGUGACUGUGAUGCAGAUUGUGACAGAUACGGCAAGUGUUGUCCAGAUUAUGAAGAAGCAUGUUUAGUAGUUCCGACUACUCCGGCACCGACCACGACCACCACGGUCCCAACAACAACUACAACGACCACAACCACGCCUCUGCCAAGAACCACCACGCCCAAACCAUCAACUACAACACCAAAGCCAAAGUCUACAACCAAACGUUCUCCCAAACUUAAGCCCAAGCCCAAACCCAAGCCUAAACCCAAACCCAAACCCAAACUGAAACCUAAACCCAACCCUCCAAAGAAGAAAAAGAAGCAAAAGAAAGUGUCUCAUGAAAUUAUGGAAGAACAUUCUGAACAGUCCUCUUCAUCCUCCACCUCCUCGAAGAUUCGGAGAACUAUGGCUUCAUCAACAAAUUCUGACGAUAAGCUCAAGAAGAAGAAGAAGAAGGGUAAAACCGACGAGGAAUUGGAAGAAGAAGAAGAACUGAAUGAAUCAAAGAAGUCAUCAUUAAAAUCUUUAAAAUCCAAAGCUGUGAAAGUGAUUUCAGAGGAGGAUGGCAGCGGAAUCGACAAUGCAGUGACAACAGUAGCUACCACGUCGACGACAACAACGCAGCCUUCGACCACAACCACCCUGCCUUCAACUACAACCACGACCAAGCUGCCUACGACGACGACAACCACAACAAAGCUACCUACGACCACGACCAAGCUUCCUACUACAACCACCACCACAAAGCUUCCUACAACCACCACCGCAACCACCACCACAACACAGCCUACGACGACAACGAAGCAGACAACAACUACGACCAAGCAGCCUACUACGAUGACCACAACAAAGCUUCCUACUACCACAACGGAACUACCUUCUACGACUACAAAGCAACCUGACACAAAGAAAACCACCCCAGGAAAUAAAGGUAUUACAACAACUCCUUUGUCUGAAGAUCAUGUUAGCCAAAGCCCAUCUCCCCAACCUGAUAAAGUGACCACAUCCAACAGAAUUGCUACCACAAAACCAUUAAGCUUGCCAUCCAGCACUACUUCCGGUAUCAGUGAGGCAUUGAUAAUGUCUACUGUGGCUAGUGAUAGCAUAAGCAAAGACACAAGCUCUGCUGCUUUGAAAACCACCAUUACUCCACCUAAAAGUACAACAACAAAAUCCAAGAGAGACACCACUACUGUAGCUAUGGAAGCAACAUCAAGAGCUGGUAGAGACAUGACCAGUGCAGAUAGCCACGUUGCAACAACAGUGCAAAACAAUAAAGCAACAGAUGAAACUAAUAGAAGAGAUAUAACUACUGCAAAUAAAGAGACUGUAGUAACAAACAAAGACACAGUUAGAAAUGCAGACACUUCAAUAACUGAUAAAUCCAUCACAACAAACACAGUAACUGAAACAGCCACAGGUAAUAAAGAUGCAACAACACAAGCCAGGGCAGAGUCUGCUACUGUAGUUGGAGAGACUGUAACAACAGGAGAAAGCAAGGGAAAGUUUGCAGGCAGUGAGACCGUAGUAACUACAACAACGAAUGCUCUGACUGGCAAAGAGACCACUACUGCAGAUAAGAAAACAACAUCUGCAGAAAAAACAGAAGCCAAAGCUUCUAGUCAGGAGCUAACUACAGAAGAUAAGGAAGAUAGUACAGUUGAAACCAAAAACAGUAGGGCUUCUGAUAGAAAAAAGAUAACCACCCGUGUCACAGAUUCAACUGCAGCUGAUUCAAAAGAGACUGAUGUAGGUGAUAAAGAGACAACUACACUUGUGAAAGAGACGACUAUAGAGAAUAAGGAAACAGCAACAAACUCUAAAGAGAAAUCUGUUACCAAGAAAAAGAGUUCUACUAUUAUUAAAGAAAUAAUUACAUCUGCUGAAAUGACGGCUUCAGAAAACCCCAAAGAUUCAAGCACGACUGCUUUUACUGAGAGGAUGUCAACUACAGAGUUGGCAGCCUUAGAUGAUGGCUCUGUUUCACCAUCGAGUACAAAAGACACAGACACAAAAGAAAUAGGAGCUACAUCUCAGACUGUCAGGGAACCUAAGCCAACUCAGAAAUCAACUAAUGAGCCAGUUAACUCGGUGAGUCCACAAGACCAACAAACAAACUUAUUCUCAACAACUCCCGCUACUCUGUUCACAGAUACACCUCAGUCUGAGGGAAAUUUUAGAAGUGCCAGGACAGAAAGGAGUACUACAGUCACAGAGACAACACAGACUGAGCCGCCAAGUGACUUAGGCAACCUUGAUGAUAAAAAUGGCAGACCAGUCACAGAUGUAACAACAGCACAGAUUGAUCCAAUAAAUCACACACCCGGCCUUGGUGGCGAUGAUACAGCUGAGAGUCCAGAAGGGACAACUAUCAAUUCAGAAACAGCAAUUCAGGGAGAUCCAACAAGUGGCACACCUACUCCCGAUAGUAAUGUUCAGGAUGACAAACCAGAAGAGACCACUGCAGUUGAAGAUACAUUGAUAACAAGUGACACAGCAAGUUCUAAUGAUAAGAUUGACAAAGUAGAAAGUGGCACCAGCAUCACUACUACCACAACACAGACUGAUCAAGGUGAUACAACCAGUCCUGACGGUGCUGAUAAAGAUGACAAACCAGAAGGGACUUCUACAAUCACUGAGACAACAGCAACAACACCACAGACUGAUCUGGGUGACACAACCAAUCCUGGAGUCCCAGGGACAUCAAUAACACAGACUACUCCAGGUGAUGGAACUAAUCCUGAUGAGGUUGAUAAAAGUGACAAACCAGAAGGGACCACUACAGUCACUGAAACAACAAUAAUACAGACUGACCCAGGUGACACAACCAAUCCCAAUGGUAUUCCUGGAGUCCCAGGGACAUCAAUAACACAGACUACUCCAGGUGAUGGAACUAAUCCUGAUGAGGUUGAUAAAAGUGGCAAACCAGAAGGGAGCACUACAGUCACUGAAACAACAAUACUACAGACUGAUCCAGGUGACACAACCAAUCCUGAUGGUAUUCCUGGAGUCCCAGGGACAUCAAUAACAAAGACUACUCCAGGUGAUGGAACUAAUCCUGAUGAGGUUGAUAAAAGUGGCAAACCAGAAGGGAGCACUACAGUCACUGAAACAACAAUACUACAGACUGAUCCAGGUGACACAACCAAUCCUGAUGGUAUUCCUGGAGUCCCAGGGACAUCAAUAACACAGACUACUCCAGGUGAUGGAAUUAAUCCUGAUGAGGUUGAUAAAAGUGACAAACCAGAAGGGACUACUACAGUCACUGAAACAACAAUAAUACAGACUGAUCCAGGUGACACAACCAAUCCCGAUGGUAUUCCUGGAGUCCCAGGGACAUCAAUAACACAGACUACUCCAGGUGAUGGAACUAAUCCUGAUGAGGUUGAUAAAAGUGGCAAACCAGAAGGGAGCACUACAGUCACUGAAACAACAAUACUACAGACUAAUCCAGGUGACACAACCAAUCCUGAUGGUAUUCCUGGAGUCCCAGGGACAUCAAUAACACAGACUACUCCAGGUGAUGGAAUUAAUCCUGAUGAGGUUGAUAAAAGUGACAAACCAGAAGGGACCACUACAGUCACUGAAACAACAAUAAUACAGACUGAUCCAGGUGACACAACCAAUCCCGAUGGUGUUCCUGGAGUCCCAGGGACAUCAAUAACACAGACUAUUCCAGGUGAUAGAACUACUCCUGAUGAGGUUGAUAAAAGUGACAAACCAGAAGGAACUACUUCAGUCACUGAGACAACAAUAAUACAGAUGGAUCCAGGUGACACAGUGAAGCCUGACAGUGUAGAUAAAAAUGACAAACCAGAAGGGACUACUACAGUCACAGCGACAACAAUAAUACAGACGGAUCCAGGUGACACAACCAACCCUGACAAUGUAGAUAAAGGUGGCAAACCAGAAGGGACUACUACAGUCACAGAGACAAUAAUAGCACAGACAGAUCCACUUAGUGGAACACCCAGCCCUGUUGGUGAUGAUAAAGAUGAUAGGCCAGAAGGGACUACCACAGUCACAGAGACAACACUAAUACAGACCGAUCCAGGUGACACAGCCAAGCCUGAUGACAUUGAUAAAAGUGACAAACCAGAAGAGACUACUACAGUCACAGAGACAACAAUAAUACAGACCGAUCCAGGUGACACAACCAAGCCUGACGGUGUUGAUAAAAGUGACAAACCAAAAGAGACUACUACAGUCACAGAGACAACAAUAAUACAGACCAAUCCAGGUGACACAACCAAGCCUGACGGUGUUGAUAAAAGUGAUAAACCAGAAGGAACUACUAGAGUCACAGAGACAACAAUAAUACAAACUGAUCCAUCUAGUGGAACACCAAGCCCUGUUGAUGAUAAAAAAGACAGACCAGAAAUUAUCACUACAGUCAAAGAGACAAUAGUUACCGUGACUACCCCUCAAAGUGGCACACCCAGCCCUGAUGAUCAGAGCAACAGGCCUGAAGUAACUACGGUAACAGAGACUAUAAUAACAGAGAUUAAUCCAAUCAGCCCUAGCAAUGCUAAUGAAAACAGUCCUUCAACAAGGAAUCCAGGGACCCCAGAAAAAACACCAAACCCCAAGCCGCCAAAUGAUCAGCCAAAUCCCAAAGGUGACGAGAACAAUGACAAACCAGGAGAUACUACAAAAGUAACAGAGACAACAAUAAUUACACAGCCCAAGGCACCCAGUGAAACACCAAGUCCCAAUCAAAGUGACAACCCAGACAAGCCAACUCAAGUCACACAGACAACUACAACCAUCAAAACAGAAUCCAAACCACUGAGUGAUUCCCCUAACCCUGAGGAAAGUGACAAGCCAGAUAGCAUUACUACAGUUACAAAAACAACUACAACUACCACAACAGAAUCAAAUCCCAGUUCACCUAACCCAGAUGACAAUCCUAAAAAUGGCAAGUCAGAAGUUAUCACUAAAAUUACACGGAUAGUAACAACUACUACAACUACAAGCACCACCCAAACAAAUACAACUGAACAUCCAGAAACAACCACCCGUGAUGUUACAACUAAUACAAAAAUUGAUCUUGUUUCAGAUAGAGAACCCACCAAGGAAACUCCAACUAACAAGAAUACAAACACUACAGUAACACAGGUGACUACAACUUCCUUGAAAACAUCAAAACCUCCUGACACCCCAUCCCCGACUGUAGACAAGACUACACCGUAUACCUCCACUUUGCCCACCAUACUUAUACCUACGAGAAGAAAAACAGUGACCUAUCAUCCCACUACGACACACACCACAAUCUCUACAGCAAGGCUUCCCGAUUGGAUUGCCAACCUAACUGCAGAGUACGUUCGACCGGAAAAGUUUGUCACACCCCUGUUGUACAAAGAUGUACCUCAAGAGAUGAACUUAUGCAACCGGAAGCCGGCAGAUGGGAUAGUCCCUUUACAAAAUGGAUCACUGGCUGUAUUCAGAGGUCAUUACUACUGGUUGCUGAAUGGAACGAGUCCACCAUCACCUUGCCCCCGUAAAAUCACAGAGGUGUGGGGUAUCCCCUCUCCCAUCGACACAGUCUUCUCUAGAUGCAACUGUGAUGGCAAAACCUUCUUUUUUAAGGAUUCCCAGUACUGGCGCUUCACCAAUGAUAAAAUGGAUUCUGGCUAUCCCAAGGCAAUUGUAAAAGGAUUUGGAGGACUGAAUGGAAAAAUUACAGGUGCCCUCUCUGUGGCUAAACACAAGAACAGGCCAGAAACGGUUUAUUUCUUCAAAAAAGGCGGCAACCUCCAGCAAUAUACCUACAAACAAGGAGGAACGAAGAAAUGCAGCAAAAAGAAAGUGGUGACUGUGAAUUAUCCGGCUUACAAACCAAAAGCUGUGAUUAGGAAAAGGCGGCGGCGCUUUGAACGUUCAGUAAGACCGGCUCAAAUUCUCCGAACCGUCAGAGUCCAGCAUCGCCCAGUUGUUCAGUUCAGGCAUCAGCCAACUGGAGUCUUGCAGCCAGAGGUCAAAGUUGCUUCAUAUUGGAGAGGAUUCCCAAAAGAAGUGAAUUCUGUUAUAUCGGUUCCAAGUGAUCAGAAGCCAGAUGGUUAUGAUUACUAUGCUUUUUCUAAAGAUCAAUACUACAGCGUGGACGUGGGCAGCAGAAUAGCAAGACCAGUCACACUACAGACCGGGCAGACUGUGUCCGGAGCUUGGUACAAGUGCCCUUUAGAGUGAUUUGGAACCUCCAAGAGCUGAAACAAAGAC